AUGAGUUCUGAAAAUAGUAUUAAUUAUUUGAAUAAUAUAUAUAUAGAAUUUAAUUUGUUUAAUAAUUUUUUAAAAGAUCUAGAACAAAAGGUAGACAAUAUUAACGGCGACCUUAACUAUGUAUCGGUAUAUGAUAAUUGUAUUGAAGAAAUAUAUAACACGCACAACGAAUAUUAUACAUGGAGUAAUAUUGAAAAAAACAUAGACGGUAAAUUUAUGGAAUAUUUUUGUGAAAAUGUGAUAAUAAAUAUCAAAAGAUUUUUAAGAACUAAUUUUAUUUGUAUAGAUGAAGAUUUAAAAAAUAUAAAAAGUCGAAACAAAAAAUUAAUUGAUAAAUUAAAAGGGCUUAUGGAAAAUAUUGAAAAUCAAGAAAAUUAUAUAUAUGAAUUAGAAAAAGCUGUAAAAAUGGAAAAGGAUAAAAAUCGAAAUGCAAGUAAUCUAAUAGGAAAAAUAAAUAAUUUAGUACAAGACAAUGAACAACUUAAAAAUAAAAAUGAGCACUUAGAAAUGUUCUUACAGAAACAACAAGAAGAAAAUAAUAAAACCAAAAUUGAAUUAAAAAAAAUGAUACUUCUUGACAAAAAAUACAAAAAAAAUAUUAAUAUAAUAGAUGGCAUUGAUAAACAAAAUAAUAUAUCUUCUACUAAUUUUAAAAACAACGCAAGUACCUUAUUUCGCCAAACAGAAAGAAAACAAAUUAAAAAUAAGCCUAAUUACAUUUUUUCAUUUAAAAAAAAAAGCAAUUAUAAUCGUCGUAAUUAUUUACACACCUUAGAAAAAAAUGUAAUGUUUCAAAAUAAUGAUAUUCAAUUGCCGUACCAUAAUAAUAUUUAUUUUAAAAAAGGAGAAAGAAAAAAAAAAUAUAUGCAUAUCAUAAAUAGAAAUAAUAGUAGCUCGUCUGAUAUAAACAAAGACAAACAAAAAAAAAAUUAUAGAGAAAUAUAUAGCCAAUAUUAUCAAAAUAUGUAUAGCACUUUUGAUCUAAAAAAUAUUAAACCAACUAAUGAUGAUUAUGAAUAUAUGGACGCAUAUAAAACUAAAUAUCAUUUUAGUGAUUAUUAUAAUUUUUUAAAGCGAAAAAAAGACAAAAUAAAGCAAUGUAAAAGUAAUCUAACUGAAUUUAACACAUAUAAUAGUAUCGAUUUGAAUAAUUGUAUCAGUGAUAAUACUACAAAUGCAGCUAAUACUAAUAAAUAUAUUAUGGACACUCAUAAAAAUAUAAAUAGUAGCACUGAAAAUAGCGAAAGUAGUUAUAAUAAAAAUUAUUGUAUGUUGAGGGAUAAGAAUUGCAUAAAUAAAAAUAUUAAUGAAAAUCUAAAAAAAGAAUCUAAUUAUAAGAAUGAAAAUAAGGUGUUAAACUACUUUUCCGAGACAUACGAUCCUUAUGUUUAUAGACGGACCCUAAUGUCGUUUCCUAAUAAAAAACUAUUAUUUUAUAUAAGGAAAAAAUUAAGAAUUAACCAAGCACACUUGAUCAAUUCUAGGAUUAAAAAAAUAUUGCACAAUAUGAUUAAAAAAAAAAAGAAGAAAAAAAUCAAAACAUUAUUAUAUUUACAAAAAGGGGAUACCUCAAUUGAUGCACCCAUUGAGAGAAAUCAAUUGUUUCCCAUACACACAAUGACUAUAGAAGACUUUAGAUGCACUAUAAAUAAUUUUUAUGAAUGUAUUAAGAAAGACAUAAGAAUUAUUAUAGAAAAUGAUGCAAAAUUGAACCUUGAUCCUUUUUCUAAUUAUUUCAAAAGGAUAAUAAAAGAAAUCCAUGAUGAACAAAAUAUUUUGAAAAAAAAAAAAAUUGAUAAAAUUACAAGAAAAUACCUUCGGCGAAUAGAUUCGUACAGAUUAAGUGAGAAAGACUUUUUUUAUAGCAUACCUAAUACCGAAAAUAAGAAUAAUAAAAAAACAAACUUAAGUUAUAACAAAUACUCCUCUUUUGAUUUACGAACAAUUUUAAAAAAUAACUAUGAAGAACAAAAUUUCAGUAGUGAUAAUGAUGAACCAUUUUCUUUUAGUUUCUACACAAAAAGACAUAAAAGAAUGAUUGAUAAGCUAAAAGAUUUAAAAAAUAAUAUUUCGUUUUUUAAAUUUUAUGAUUUAAUUGAUUUUCCUAAUAAACAAUAA